AUGCGCAUUAGCCCGUCACCGCGAGAGCCCGGGUGGGGCCAUGUCAAGGAGGAUGGCAGCGAGCUGACGCCGCGGGAGCUGUCCGACAUCAAGGAGCUGGAGAAUAAGGCCAAACGGGAGGCCAACCCCGAGGCCACGCGGGAGGCGAAGCCAUUGCAGCUCUUGGUGGAGCGAGCUUCCAACCCCAAGAGUUGGAUCCCCUGCAUCGAGGAUGUGCACAACCGCUCCUGGAUGUAUAUGAGCCAAGAAAAGAGCGUGACACACCAGGACUUCCAGGACCUGAAGAGCAAAGUUGAGUGGACGGAGAUCCACGGCGCUGCCGUCGUGACCAGGAAGACCAUGUGGUUCGUCAAGCAGGGCUGCAGGUGUCCUUACAACUACGGCAAGCAGCAAGUCAGUGCUGUGACCUUCCCGGAUUGGUUCAUGGACAUGGCGAAACGCUGGCUGGGUUCUCUCAAUCUCAAUGACGAGGACAAGAACUCUGCGUUCCCGGACUCGGUGAAUUUGAACUUGUAUGAGCACGGCGACCAUCAAGUUGCGUGGCAUUCUGAUGACGAGCCUUUAUUCCGAGGCAAAUUUCAGGACGCUCGCAUCAUCUCUGUGACCUUGGGCGCGAUGCGGAAGUUUCAGGUUGGGCUCAAGGCUCCCAGAAGAGGCGGCAUUCUGAAGCCUGAGAAGGGCAGCACGGCCACCUUCAACCUCGGUCAUGGCCAGAUUUGCACCAUGGAAGGCCUAUUUCAAAAGCACUACCUGCACCAGAUCGCCAAGGGCACCACGCGGCAAGCACGCAUCAACGCGACCUUCCGCUACGUUGCAGAGCAUGCCCCGGACUGCCCUUUGCGCAGGUAG